CCUCUCUGUCUCUCCCUCUCUCUCUCUGUCUCUCUCUCUUGUCCUGCCCACUCUCUCCCUCCCUGUCUCUCUGAUAUUACCAUGAGCAACAGUGAACUUUUCACAACUCUAACUCUGCUGCCUCCAUCCACAGCAUUACCAACACACUGACUACAGGAUGCCCCUCGGAGGAGGAAACAGGUGUGGCUGUUGCCAGAAGACUGUGUACUUUGCAGAGGAAGUCCAGUGUGAGGGGAAGUAUUUCCACAAGUCCUGCUUUCUCUGCAUGGUGUGCAGAAAGAAUUUGGACAGCACCACAGUAGCUGUACACGUGGACGAGAUCUACUGCAAAUCAUGCUACGGCAAGAAAUAUGGUCCAAAAGGCUACGGUUAUGGUGGUGGUGCCGGAACCUUGAGCAUGGACUCGGGAGAAGGACUGGGGAUCAGACCUGUGGAGCAAGCACCACAUCAACCUACCAACAACCCCAAUGCCUCCAAAUUUGCACAAAAAUUUGGCAGCUCAGAUGUGUGCCCUCGCUGUGGGAAAGCUGUUUAUGCAGCAGAGAAAGUGGUGGGAGCUGGUAACUCAUGGCAUAAGAGCUGCUUCAGGUGCGCUAAGUGUGGAAAGAGCCUGGAGUCCACCACACUAGCUGAUAAAGAUGGAGAGAUCUACUGCAAAGCUUGCUAUGCGAAGAACUUUGGGCCGAAGGGUUUUGGGUUCGGCCAGGGAGCAGGAGCACUCGCCCAUGCCCAGUAGAAAAGCAGUACACAAGAUCAAGAGUAUCUGCUUGAGCUCUCUGCUUCGAUUUCUGCAAACUACACCUACCAUAGUGCCUCACAUGCUUGCAAUUUGCACAAGGAAAUGCUUUUAAGCCUUUAUCUACUCAUUAAAAGAACAUUAUUUUACAUGGACCAAA